AUGGCGGCCCCCGAAUCGUCUCCUCGCCGGCCCACGCGCACCCCUGCACGACCGCGCACUGCAUCCUCGCAGAUCCUGGACUCUGAGCCUCCUUCGAAACGACGCAGAUAUGUUCCCGGUGGUCCCGGAGGUGGUGGACGCUGGAUCGACGAGGAAGGCAACGAAACAACCGGGCCUCCUUCUGCCCGCCGACACCGACCUGACAUGACCGGAGACGACAAUGAUGAGGACAUGUCGAGUCCAAGAUCCUCGCGCCGCCCUCCUCCAUCUACCCGUCCGCGCAGAGACCGAGAUCGCAACCGCGAUCGUCGAACAACUGCAACUCCCCGACCUCGUUACAGCAGCGCCGCAGCUGCAGCUGCCGCAAGCCAAGCCAGCGAUGGAUACAAGCCACGAGAAGAAAGAAGCUGGGAAGAGUUCCACCCAAACCUCGACAUUGAACAAGGCCUCACUCUGUUCUCAGCCGAUCACGUCGACGGGAGGAAUCUUGACACAUUCAUAAUCGAAAGCGAUGUGCCUCCCCCAUUAGCCUCGUUCGUACCCAUGGAGACCCCUAUCAAGCGCAAGCCUGGCCGACCACCGAAACGACCCGAAAGUAUGCUCUCCGGUCUUGGUUCUCCUCCUGCACCUCGUGUCUUACCCCUACCCACACACAACCCCAAGGAACGCCUCAAUCUACCCAAGCCAGCAUACCGCAAUAUCGAUACUUUCGCUCAGUAUGAGCAGCACGGUUCAAAUCAACGGAACUAUGUCGACAAGUCUAUGGCGCAUGUUGGUUACCAAGAGGGGGAUCGCUUUGACAUACCCAAAUACACUCUGAUUCGUCACGUCGAAGGUCCAUACGAUGACGACAGCAUCUCCGGUCUUGUUGUCAAAUCUGACAAGGUUGAAGAAGCUCGCGCACCUGUCGUCUUCAACGUCGAGUACGACAUGGAUGAACAGGACGAGCGGUGGUUGGAGAUUCACAACGCUCAUCGCAAAGAAGAGCAGGCUGAGCCAAUUAAACCCGCCUUGUUUGAGAUCACCAUGACCCAAAUCGAAAGGGAAUACUACGCCCUGGAGAAAAAGAUCCCUAAGCCGAACCCGAGACAUGCCCAGAUCACACGGCCCCGUUCAAGUUCGGCCGCAGCAGUCAAUGGAGAGCCCAGCGGACCGGCCGAUGAACCCGAUACUAAGUGCGCUGUAUGCGACGACGGUGAUUGUGAGAACGCCAAUGCCAUCAUCUUCUGUGACGGCUGUGACUUGGCAGUUCACCAAGAAUGUUAUGGUGUGCCUUUCAUUCCCGAGGGCCAAUGGUUCUGUCGGAAAUGCAAGGAGAUUGGCCGUGGAACACCCACUUGUGUCUUUUGCCCCAACGUAGACGGCGCCUUCAAGCAAACUAACACGAUGCGCUGGUCCCAUCUGCUUUGCGCCCUCUGGAUCCCGGAAAUCACCAUCGCUAACAUGACCUUCAUGGAGCCCAUCACCGACGUCGAAAAGGUUCCCCAAAGUCGCUGGAGACUCAAAUGCUACCUUUGCCAACAGAACAUGGGCGCUUGUAUCCAAUGUGGUAACAAGGCCUGUUACUCGGCAUUCCACGUCACAUGUGCAAGAAGGGCCAAACUGUUUCUCAGAAUGAAAUCUACUCACUCUGGGGGCAUAGACGCUUCGGUCCUCAAGGCUUUCUGCGACAAGCAUGUUCCUCUAGAUUGGCGCAACGAGCAUGACGUCGACACUGCUGUUGCAGAAACAAAGCGCUAUUAUAGACACACGAUGAAAAACAGAAAGUGGGCAGACAGUUCAAGCACUGGAGCCACCAUAGCUCCCGCAGACCAGCCGGAAUCAACUGCCGACAACGCAGAUGAGCUAGGCCACGUUGACGAUACUAUCGUUGUUGCUGCAAACAAGCGCAAGAAGGCCCAGCCCCAGAAGGCCGGAUGGCGUUUGCCAUCGGGUGCACCUGUGGUACCUGCUGUUGUUUUCAAUACAGUGGACAAUUCACUUGGAAGGUUCGCGCUUAGGAAGCGUAAGGAGUUUGUCACCGAGGCCUGCAAGUAUUGGACACUGAAGAGGGAAGCUCGCAAGGGUGCUGCCUUGUUGAAACGUCUUCAACUAUCGCUCGAAUCAUUCACUCCUAUGGAGAUCACUCGUCGCAACUUCUCGGGCAUGGGCGCUGCUGGCAGACCGCGCUUGCUCAGAAGGAUCGAGUUCGGUGAUAUUCUUCAGGAAGACGUCGACAGGCUGGAAACUCUCGUUUCUAGCAUUCGCCAACGUGAAGAGCUCAGCCUCAUCGACACAACCGAGGUCCUCAGGAGUCUGAUUGACAAUGUCUACUUCCCGAUCAUUCCUCUUCUUCGACCAAUCUUGCAACGAGCACAGAAACUUGACGAAAAGAGCGGCUUCUUCAAAGAAGGGUUCGAGGAACUAGAGCGAAAACUGUUUGAAAGUCACUACAUUUCAGUCGCGGAGUUCUCUCAGGAUAUCUUGACGGUGCUUUCUAGCGACAACACAAGACCUGAAAAGAGAAUCACCGAACUUGAUGAUGCAAUCGAUACGCAACAUCAGCUUGAUGAACCUGUGGACACUUUAGAACAUAGGGCGUUGACACCCGAACAAAAGGAACUCAAGAAGAUCCGAAAACGAAUCAUUAAGCCGGUCAGAGAUCUUCUCGAAAAAGCAACGUUGCGAGAAUCGGAACUCAAAGAUAUCCCGAUGAAUGAAGAUCCGCGGUGGGCUGAAUUUGAUGCACUGCUGGAAGACUCAGUCCAGACAAACGGCGCAAUUCCAACUACAGAGAAUGGCGACGACAUCUCACCAGAUACAAGUGUUUCUGUACUCGCAGGCGCAUCUCCCAAUCACGUCAACAAUGAUCCUGGUAAGGACGUUGAAAUGCUGGAUGGUGACGACGACGACGAUGCUGAGGGCGAGCCAGAUGUUGAGGUCAACGGCACUGCCCACAGUUCGGUCGAAGCGGAAGCUGUGCCUACCAAGGGAGCCGUAUUCAAACCGAUGCAGCCUUUGUCACCGCCAAACUCCACAUCAAGUGUUGCUAACAACAACAUUGAUGUGGUCACUGAGCCUCGUUAUCAAGAGCUUGCACCGCCUGUUGUCGUUGCACACGACCCAUGGGCUCACGGUGGAGUGCCAUGGUAUCUCGAACUCUUCGACAUUGACGGCACGACAAUACACGAGGAACGAUGGUCUGGUCGCGACGCCAUGUCUGAGGAACUCACUGAUCUAGACGAAGAGCAAGUUGCUGUCCUCUGCGACAAACCCAACGCUUCCGUUGAAGCAGAUGACAAUGCUAAAAGCAAGAGGAGAAUAUCCGCACGUAUCAAGCGCGCCGAAGAAAACAGUACCACAUCAACUGAAGAAGAAAAUGCCCCGGCAGAGGUACAACAGACUGAAGAGGAAAGAGCUGAGAGGGAGAGAAAGGACAAGGCAAAUGCGAGACGCAGAGCCCAGAGAAGGCGCAAGUGGUAG